CUGUGCACACCGUCUUCCUGAACUAAGGUGUUCCAGAGAAACUACUGAACGGAGAGCUCCAUACUCUGCUGAUCUUCUGCACCUCACAAGGGGAGACUAUGAAAUUUACCUUCUGUUUGAGUGUCCUUGCUGGGACAUUUUUCUCCGCUCACUCAUCUGUGCAGAAAGAUGACCCUGCCCCCUAUUUGGUCUACCUCAAGUCUCACUUCAACCCCUGUGUGGGCGUCCUCAUCAAAAGCAACUGGGUGCUGGCCCCUGCUCACUGCUACCUACCAAAUCUGAAGGUGAUGCUGGGAAAUUUCAGGAUCAGAAUCAGAGAUGGGACAGAGCAGACAAUUAGCCCUAUCCAGAUUAUCCGCUACUGGAACCACAGUCAUAGUGCGCCCCAAGAUGACCUCAUGCUCAUUAGGCUGGCUAAGCCCGCCAUCCUCAACGAAAAAGUCCAGCCCAUUGCCCUCGCCACCAGCACCGUCAAGCCAGGCACCAUCUGCAUGCUUUCCGGUUUGGACUGGAGCCAAAACAACAAUGGCAGACACCCUGAUUUAAGGCAGAACCUGGAGGCCCCUGUGAUGUCCAACACAGCCUGCCAGGAAACCGAACAAGGAAAAAGCCACAGAAACUCCAUAUGUGUUAAAUUUCUAAAAGUGUUCAGUCGAAUUUUUGGGGAGGUGGCCGUUGCUACUGUCAUCUGCAAAAACAAGCUGCAGGGGAUCGAGGUCGGACACUUCAUGGGAGGGGAUGUGGGCAUCUACACCAACGUUCAGAAAUAUGUCAGCUGGAUUGAGAGCACCACUAAAGACAAAUGAGACCAUGUUUCUCCCUAAGCAUCCCAGUGGCCCUGCCAUGGACGAUACCAACCACAACUUACCCCAAAUUCAAAAUAAAACAUCCAAAUAGAAAUAUUUGGAUUUACCACACCA